GGGUUCCCUCUGAUGCAUUUUUCCACCCCCCAAGUGUCUCUGAGACCAAGCAGACUGGGGUUAUGAAGUCAGUCCUAGAUGGCCUCGCAGAUACGACGUUCCGAACCAUCACGACAGAUCUCCUUUACGUGGGCUCCAACGACAUCCAGUACGAAGACAUGAAGGGCGACAUGACGGCCAAGCUGGGGUACUACCCCCAGAAAUUCCCUCUUUCCUCCUUCAGGGGUGACCCUUUCCAAGAAAAAAUGACUGCAGGAGGUGAUCCCCUGUUGAGCAUUAUUCCCUCAGACCAGGUCAACAUCACCGAGUUUUACAACAAGUCCCUGUCGACGUUUAAGGAUAAUGAGGAGAACAUACAGUGCGGGGAGAACUUCAUGGAUAUGGAAUGCUUUAUGAUCCUGAACCCCAGCCAGCAGCUCGCCAUCGCCGUGCUGUCGCUCACCCUGGGCACCUUCACGGUCCUGGAGAACCUCCUCGUCCUGUGCGUCAUCCUCCACUCCCGAAGCCUGCGGUGUAGACCCUCCUACCACUUCAUUGGCAGCCUGGCUGUGGCUGACCUCCUGGGCAGCGUGAUUUUUGUCUACAGCUUUGUGGAUUUCCACGUUUUCCACCGGAAGGACAGCCCCAAUGUCUUCUUGUUCAAACUGGGUGGAGUUACAGCCUCCUUCACUGCCUCCGUAGGGAGCCUUUUCCUCACGGCGAUAGACAGGUACAUCUCCAUCCACAGGCCACUCGCUUACAAAAGGAUUGUCACCCGACCAAAGGCCGUCGUGGCAUUUUGUGUCAUGUGGACCAUCGCUAUUGUAAUAGCUGUUCUUCCCCUGCUCGGCUGGAACUGCAAAAAGCUCAAUUCUGUUUGUUCGGACAUAUUCCCCCUCAUCGACGAGACCUACCUGAUGUUCUGGAUCGGGGUCACCAGCGUCCUCUUGUUGUUCAUUGUCUAUGCCUACAUGUACAUCCUGUGGAAGGCUCACAGCCACGCCGUGCGGAUGCUCCAGAGGGGCACGCAGAAAAGCAUCAUCAUCCAGUCUACAGAGGAUGGUAAGGUGCAGAUCACGAGGCCUGACCAAACUCGUAUGGACAUCAGGUUAGCCAAAACCUUGGUCCUUAUCCUAGUCGUUUUAAUCAUAUGCUGGGGCCCUCUCCUUGCCAUCAUGGUGUACGAUGUCUUUGGGAAAAUGAACAAGCUCAUCAAGACUGUCUUUGCCUUCUGUAGCAUGCUGUGUUUGCUGAAUUCCACAGUGAAUCCCAUCAUCUACGCUCUGAGGAGCAAGGACCUGCGCCACGCCUUCCGCAGCAUGUUCCCCACCUGCGAGGGGACAGCACAGCCCCUGGACAACAGCAUGGAGUCUGACUGCCAGCACAAACACGCCAACAACGCGGGCAACGUGCACAGGGCUGCCGAGAGCUGCAUUAAGAGCACAGUAAAGAUUGCCAAAGUUACCAUGUCUGUCUCCACAGACACGACUGCCGAAGCGUUGUGAGGCAGAGACUUCUCAGCCUCGUGAGGAGAGGAGUUGGUUUCAAUAAAGGAUAAUAAAUCCACAACAGAGAAAAACCAAACCCGUGGCUUUUAACGUGUUUGUACCCUCCUGUGAUACCUUUCUUUUGGUUUGUCAUUGUAAGCUGAGCGAUGAUUGUGUCAAGAGCACUUACCAUCAGCUGGUUCUUCAGGUUUUUACAAUUAGGGAUUCGAGCUAAAUUUUCACAAGUUUUUUUCUCCAAGAGGUGUUUACUGAGUUCUAACGUUUCCUGGCAGAGCACAGAGAAAAUACCAGGUUAGCCAUGGUUCCUUUUCGGGGGGUGUGAAGAAAAAUUGUGAAACCUAAUUGAAAAAGAAUUCAUCCUAAACCAGUCAAAUAAGAGAAACAAAAAAAAAAAAGAGCCUUGUCAUCAUGCUGUUCAUUUCAAUGUGAGGUGUAUUUCAUGUCUCCAAGUGCUAGGAGUUUCUGAUCUUUUCCCAAAGCAGCAGUGCUGAGUUCUAGAUUUCGUAAAACGUGUCGUGUCGCGUGCAUUGUUU